AUGAAGCCCGCUGGCCUUCCCGUCGAGCCUAAGGAUGCGGAACAUGUGAAACUCUUUAAGCCCUACAAAUCUGGUGGUAUUACUUUCCACAACCGUGUUGGUGUUUCCCCUAUGUGCAUGUAUGCAGCUGAGGAUGGUAUGAUGAACGAUUUUCACGUAAUGCAUUAUGGAUCUUUAGCUCUCAAGGGUCCUGGUUUGAUUAUCAUGGAAGCCUCCGGUGUUGUUCCUGAAGGCCGCAUUACUCCUCAAUGCGCUGGUUUGUGGAAGGAUGAACAAAUUGCUCCACUAAAGCGUGUCGUUGAUAUGAUCAAGUCUCAAGGCAGUAUUCCUGGCAUUCAAAUUGGCCAUGCUGGUCGUAAGGCAUCUUGCUCUCCCCCAUUUAAGGGUGAUUAUGUUGAAACCAAGGAAGCCGGCGGUUGGCCCAAUGACACUGUUGCUCCUUCUGAAAUUCCUUUCGCAGACCAUUAUCCCAAGCCUCAUGCUAUGACCAAGGAAGAAAUCAAGAAGACAGUUCAAGCUUUCGCUGAUGCUGCUGUUCGUGCUGACAAGGCUGGUAUUGAAGUGCUUGAGAUUCAUGCUGCUCAUGGUUAUUUGAUCUCCACUUUUUAUUCCGCUGCUUCUAAUAAGCGUACUGAUGAAUAUGGAGGUUCCUUCGAGAACAGAAUUCGUUUCCUUUUAGAAACCAUCGAGGCUAUUCGUGCUGUUUGGCCCAGAAGCAAGUCUUUAUGGGUUCGUAUCUCCUGCUCUGACUACACUAACCCCGAUAGCUUAGGCGAGUCUCCUGAAGGUUGGGAUAUUUAUCAGUCUGUCAAGUUGGCCAAGGAACUCAAGAAAUUAGGUGUCGAUGUUAUUGACUGUUCCAGUGGUGGUAUUAUUAAUAAUGUUAAGUAUCCCGUUGAAAAAAUGUAUCAAGUCAAGUUUGCUGAAAAAAUCAAGAGAGAAGCUGGUAUUGAUACCGCUGCUGUUGGCAUGAUCGUUGAAGGCGAAGAUGCUGAAGACAUUCUUCAGAAGGGUAAAGCUGAUUUCAUCUUGGUUGCUCGUGAAUUUUUAAGAAACAGCGCUUUCGUUUUGGAUGCUGCUCAGUCUUUGAAUGUGGAUAUUACAUGGCCUCAACAAUAUUCUUGGGCUGUCAAGAAAGCUCGUCGUCGUAAUACCGAAAAAGUUACUGACAAGCCUGCUGAAUAG